AUGGGAAAUUGCUUGGUGCUACAACAAAUUAAUGUGAUGAAGAUCAUGAAAACCGAUGGAAAAGUUCUUGAAUACAAAACACCAAUCAAAGUUGAAGAGGUUUUGCCACUUCCACCACCAGCAUCACCUAAAGAGGUCAAGAAGGUGAGGUUUGCAAAUCCAGAAGUCCAAGAUGUACAUAAAAGUAGUGUUGUUAGGAUUAAGCUUGUUAUUAGUAAGCAAAAAUUACAAGAUAUGUUGGAUAAUGGAGGGAUUUCAGUUGACAAGAUGUUAUCUCUUGCUCAUGGUGAAAAAGGUGAAAAAGGAAUGGACGAUGAUGAUUCUCUAGGAGAGUGGAAACCAGUAUUGAAAAGCAUACCUGAAGUAAUCUAG